AGCACCGACGAACUCUACCGACUGUUCAUCUUUCCGCGUUUGCUGAUUGGCUCUACGACCUCGCUGAAACUGUGUGUCCAAUCGCAUCACUUUCUGGUUCACGUAGCGGUAAAAGUGGACAGGCAUUUCUAAAUGCCCACAGUGCUGAAACUGACGCCUUGUCUACGCCGGACUGUAGCUCUAACACGUCUACCAUUUCUACGAAAACGUGUCCAGCAUGUAAAGGUAACUGCAUGAACCUCGAAAAGUGUCAGCGUUUCCUAGAUUUCGGAUACAAUGCUAGGUGGACAACGAUUAAAGAAUCCGGGAUAUGCCGAAAAUGUUUAAAAAAACAUAAGGGGCCGUGCAAACUUCAACAACCCUGUGGGAAAAGUGGCUGCACGUUCAAACACCACCCGUUACUUCACAACAGUCAACGUGAUGGGGCAGCGUCCACCCAACACCAGGAGCGAGAAGAGAACAACUCAACGCCAAAAACUCCAGAUGAAAGAAACUGCCAUGCUCAUCACAGCUCCAUUACAAGGACGUUGUUCCGUGUCGUUCCAGUUAUGUUGUACAGUCGCGAUAAAGUCCUCAAGACGUACGCCUUUUUGGACGAUGGAUCGUCAUGGACUCUGAUGGACGCAGGACUUGCCGUAGAACUGGGUCUGGACGGAAAACUUGAACCAAUUUGUUUGAGAUGGACCGGAGAUAAACACCGGUACGAAAAUUCGUCUAGAAUGGUGGAGGUUGAUAUAUCCGGAACAGGCGAAAACUCCAAAAGGUACCCCUUGCGAGAUGUUCACACGGUCCCAAACCUCGGUCUCUUCCACCAAACACUCAGUAUGGAUGAUCUAGUCCGGCAGUAUCGUCACCUUAAAGGAAUCCCUGCCGAAUCAUACGACAAUGUUCAACCACGUUUGCUCAUCGGAGUGAACAAUGCUAAUCUCGGGCAUCCACAAAAAGGGAGAGAAGGAGGCAUGUGCGAACCACUAGCUACGAAGACUCGUCUCGGUUGGAUCAUUCAUGGCGGUUCAGAUGGCAGCGAGUUUACAGGACAUCAUAGUUGGACUGCUAGCGCUUGUAACGAAGACAGUAACGAAAACCUACACCAGAAAAUGCAGGAAUACUUCUCUUUGGAUAGUCUAGGUAUAACCAAACCAGAGCACCUUAUAAUGUCUGCGGAGGAUCAACGAGCACAAGACAUUCUGCGUACAAUGUUCAGGACAGAGAGCGGUCGAUUCGUUACACGCUUGUUGUGGAGAUUCGACGAAUUUCGGCUUCCCAAUAGUAAACCAGUGGCACUUCAGCGACUUAGAUGUCUCGAUGCUAGACUUAAAAGGGAACCCAAGUUAGCUCAAGCGAUGCAACAAAAGAUCAAUGACUAUUUGAAAGAAGGAUACAUCCGAAAGUUGACCAAUAUGGAGCUGGUACAACCAAUGGCACGAGUUUGGUAUCUUCCAAUUUUCCCUGUGUUUAACCCAAACAAACCAGGGAAGCUAAGGAUCGUCUGGGACGCGGCGGCGAAAACGCAAGGCAUAUCGCUGAACACAAUGCUCCUUAAAGGACCAGACCAACUAGUUUCAUUAAACUCUGUCCUGUAUCAGUUCAGGGAGAACAAGGUGGCCAUCUGUGGAGACAUCAAGGAGAUGUUCCACCAAACACUUAUACAUAGAGACGAUCAGAACUGCCAACGUUUUUUGUGGAGAGAACAUCCGGGUGAUUUGGAACCCAGUACAUUCGUUAUGCAGGUCAUGACCUUUGGAGCGUCCUGCUCACCCAGCUGCGCUCAAUACGCUAAGAAUACGAACGCAAAAGAGCACGAAGUCGAAUUUCCCAAAGCUGCAGAAACAAUAAUAAAAAAGCACUAUGUGGAUGACAUGCUGGCAAGCGUGGAAACCGCAGCCGAAGCAAUCCAGCUGGCUGAGGAUGUCCGACACGUACACGCUCAGGCGGGAUACACCAUGCGGAACUGGCUCUCCAACUCUUCAACGGUUCUUGACGCACUACGUGUUGAUGGAGGAUACGAAAAGAGCCUGAAUCUAACGUCAGAGCUGGCGACCGAAAAAAUUUUGGGCAUGUGGUGGUGCACGGCGACCGAUACGUUCACAUACAAGUUGUCUGCGAAACACGAUACAGAGUUGUUGGCCGGGACGCGUAAACCAACCAAGCGGGAGAUGUUGCGGACUCUGAUGGCUAUUUUCGAUCCACUGGGGCUCGUUUCGAAUCUACUGAUUCUCCUGAAAAUACUUCUCCAGGAAGUUUGGCGAUCCUCUAUCGGUUGGGAUGAUGAAAUACCAGACGCCCUCAACGAUAAAUGGGAGUUGUGGCUACGAUACCUUCCGAUGGUACAAUCGGUGAGAAUACCACGCUGCUACCGGGAUACGAUCAGCUACGGGGAAGACACGAAUGUUCAGCUGCACACCUUUGUAGACGCUAGCGAGUUCGGAUAUGCAGCUGUCAUAUAUCUACGUUUCGAACAACAGGGCAAGGUGGAAUGCGCGAUAGUUUCUGCCAAAGCAAGAGUCGCACCGCUACGGUUUAUCUCCAUUCCACGACUAGAACUACAGGCAGCUGUAAUCGGCUCGAGACUGGCAGACACCGUUGUAGGUUCACUUUCGUUCAAGAUCGACAAACGCAUCUACUGGACAGAUUCACGUGAUGUUCUAUGUUGGAUUCGAUCAGACCAUCGGCGUUACUCACAGUUCGUUGCAUUCCGCGUAAGCGAACUUCUCGAAACUACAACGGCGUCCAGUUGGCGGUGGGUAAGCUCUAAAGAUAACGUAGCAGAUGAAGCUACCAAGUGGCAGCGACAACCGGACCUAGGAAGCAGUAGCAGAUGGUUCAAUGGACCGGAAUUUCUCUAUCAAAAUUCCGAAAACUGGCCAACUGAGCCUUCGCAUGAUAGAACUACAAAAGAGGAACUGCGCUCGCACCUACUUCACCACGGUACGGGGCCGAUAUCCGUAAUUGACUUCAACUGCUACGGUACAUGGGAAAAACUCCUUCGUGUGACUGCUAGAUUGUUCAGGUAUGUGCACAAUCUCCGCCAAACCGUCAUCGGACAAGACCGCAAAGGUGGUCCACUAUCAAGGUCAGAACUACAACGCGCUUCACUCUACGUCUACCGCCAAGUACAACAAGAAGUGUAUACCGACGAGAUGAGUUUACUGUCCAGUUCUGAGCAGCAUCAACUUCCCAAAACAAGUCCUAUCUACUCGUUUACACCAUUCCUAGAUGAGCACGGAAUAAUCAGAAUGCGGGGUAGAAUAGGAAAUUGCGAGUUUGCAACGAUGGAUGCUAAAAACCCCAUAAUUCUGCCCAAAAAACAUUGGGUAACCAAAUUACUCGUAUCAUACUAUCACGUGCUGUAUCAUCAUAGCAAUCACGAAACGGUAAUAAAUGAACUGCGCCAGGUAUACCGUAUUCCUCAGCUAAGAGUGUUAUACAAAAGCGUGAGAUCUGGCUGCCAAGUAUGUAAAAACCUAAAGGCUAUUCCAAAUCCUCCUAUGAUGGGUGAUCUACCGAGUGCUAGGCUAGCGGCGUUCUCAAGGCCAUUUUCGUUUAUUGGCGUGGACUAUUUCGGGCCAAUGUAUGUUACAGUUGGACGGAGACUUGAGAAAAGAUGGGGUGUACUGAUAACGUGCCUGACUGUGCGAGCUAUUCACGUUGAGAUUGCACAUUCCCUAAAUGCUGAUUCGUGCAUCAUGGCCUUACGAAACUUUAUGGCUAGACGUGGCGUACCGUCUCGAAUCUUCAGCGACCGUGGUACUAACUUCGUUGCGGCUAAUAAAGAACUUGAAGCAGCAUUGAAGGAGAUGAAUCAAGAGCAUGUUAUUCGAGAAAUUGUGAGUCCUCAUACCGAGUGGGAGUUCCUGCCCCCUGCAUCUCCACACAUGGGUGGUAGCUGGGAACGGCUCGUCCGCUCGGUAAAAACGAACCUACAGAAGAUGAAACCCCAACGUAAUCCGUCCGAUGAAUCCUUGCGCAAUACACUCAUCGAAAUAGAGAAUACUGUAAACUCUAGACCAUUAACGUUUGUGCCUAUAGAUGACCCUGAUGCCCCAGUUCUGACUCCGAACCACUUUCUAUUGGGGUCAUCCAGCGGAUUGAAACCUGCAGCACCCCUGGACGAUAGUAGUCGUUCUCUGAGACGGGCAUGGCGAGCCUCACAAGCAGAGGCGAAUCUUUUUUGGCGUAGGUGGCUGCGAAGCUAUCUUCCGGAGCUGACCAAAAGAUCUAAGUGGUUCAAUAAGGUCGAGUCGAUUAGUAUGAAUGAUGUCGUGGUGGUGGUGGAUCCCGGACUUCCUCGGAACUGUUGGCCUCUCGGGCGUGUCAUCUCCAUCAAAACCAGCAAGGACAAUCAAGUCAGAACAGCAACUGUCCAGACCAGAAGUGGAAUCUACGAGCGUCCGGCCACGAAGUUAGCAGUACUUGAUGUUCGACGCGAUGGACCAGUAAGCCAGGAACCUGGCGUACCCGGGGGGGGCUGUUGCGACCCCUCGGUCGGCGCGUCUCCACACAAGUCAAACGAAUAAGGGUCAGCUGUGGUAACGCCAACGUGACAUGUAGGUAGCCACCGAGCGAUCCGCUCGCCGUUGAUGAAUUGCAGAAAAAAUCAAAACAGAAGCUACAUGGAAUGUGAUGUGCAGUGAAUGCUAGCCAAAUUAUUAGAAUUCGUUAAUCUUAUACUGUUAUUAUUAGCAUUAGUAGAUCGAACGUGAACUUAUGUACUCGAUUGAAUAGUGUGCUGAUAACCUAUAAUUGAAAUAGUACGGUGGUAAAUCUAAUCACAAUUAGUUAAUACUAAGUUCUAAAACUACAGAACUACUACGUGGGCAGAUCCCUUUGAUGCUCUAGUCGUUGCGUCAGUACUUUAGCGAAAGUGGUCCAGAGCUAAUUCCCGAAUCAUAAAAGUGGCCAGAAGGAGAAAAACCAAACCGAAAUAAGAAAACUAAACGAUUUUUUUAAUACACCACUGCUAUUAAAAACACGGAAUUCUUACUUCUGACCGGUUGUCCGCCACACUC